CCUCUCUUGGGAUCAUGCAGAAAAUUGGACAAAGUUUGCGUGAUGCGCACGGGGAAAUAAACGCAUGGUUGUCGCAAUAGCAAUAUGUGUGCAUGCUUGAUGUGUUAUUGUCGAUGAAUUUAUUGUUGGAUUACGUAUAAAUUGAAAAAUAGUUUUUGAAGUUAUAACAAUUCGUUAUUCAGCAGUCAAUGUCAUUUAGUCUGGAAGUGCUUUUAGUGCAUACACUACUCAUGCUUUUUGAUCAUCAACUACUCAGUAUAAUCUAACUACGCACAAUUUGUUGUUUUUUAAAAUACAAUAUCUUCACUACGUUAUCUUUGAAAUGAUGAGACAAAGCAUGAAGAAAGUUUUGAUCAUGUUCGGAGCGAUUCUAGCUGUAAUCAGUGAAGUACCUGGACAAUCAUUACAAUCUGCUGAUAUUGAACCUGAUGAUGUUUGUAUAAUUUGUAAAAUUGUAUUGCAAAUUAUGGAUAAAACUAUUAAUAUAAAUGAUGACACACGAGAGUUAAUUGCAAAGGUUGCACAUAGUGCGUGCAAUUAUUUUCCACAAAUAGUUGCCACGGAAUGCAAUUAUUUUGAGAAUAAAUAUGGUGAUUCUAUAAUAAAUCUCCUCUCAAAAGGUGUCAAUUCUAAAGAGAUAUGUACUCGGCUAGGUCUUUGCAAACAGAUAUUAUAA